AUGUCUCUCGCCAAAAUCCAGGCGGCUGUCGACAAGAUCUCGGCGCCUCCCCCGCCGGGCUCGCCCUACGCCCUGCCUGUCCCUGGCACAGAGACCGAGGGUCGCACCGCUGUCUACCGCCACUGGCGCUUCCGAGACAGGCCCCUGAUUGACACGUACGACCCCGAGAUCCAGAGUCUCCACGACCAUUUCGAGAUCUCCGUCAAGACCUAUCCCAAGAAGCGGUUUUUGGGAUGGCGGCCGUGGAAUCCGACCACCCAGGCCUGGGAGAACAAGUUCGUGUGGAUGUCGUACUCUGAGGUCGCCGAGAGGAGGAAGAACCUGGGCGCUGGCAUUGUGGAGCUGCACCACCGCGUCGGUGCGACGGGCCAGAAGUACGGCGUCGGUCUGUGGUCGCAGAACCGUCCCGAGUGGGAGAUCACAGAGCUGGCCCUGAUUUCCCAGUCGCUCUACCCGGUCUCCCUGUACGAGACCCUGGGACCCGAGGCCUCCGAGUACAUCAUCAACCACGCGGAGCUGACGUGCGUUGUCGCGUCGCUGCCGCACAUCCCGGCUCUGCUGAAGCUGGCGCCCCGAACCCCGAAGCUGAAAAUGAUCAUCUCUCUCGACCCUCUCGAUGCUGGCGAGGUUGAGGGCUACUCCAAGGGGGCGCUGCUGACCCAGCUCGCCAAGGACGCCGGCAUUCAGAUCUACUCCAUGACCGACGUCGAGGCCAUCGGCGCUCGAUCCGGACGGCCCAUGCAGCCGCCCCGCAAGGACGACGUCGUGACCAUCAACUACACCUCGGGCACCACCGGAAACCCCAAGGGUGUCGUCAUCACUCACGCGAAUGCCGUCGCAGGCGUGGCGGCGGCGCGAGCAACCGGCCAGAUGUUCGCGGACGACGUCAACAUCUCGUACCUGCCUCUUGCGCACAUCUAUGGCCGCAUGGUCGAUCAUGCGGCCCUCUCCACGGGCGCUUGCAUCGGCUAUUUCCACGGCGACAUCCUCGGCCUGGUCGACGACAUGAAGCUGUUGAAGCCAACGGGCCUCUUCUCUGUUCCGCGGCUCUUCAACCGGUUCCAUUCGGCCGUCCGAACGGCCACUGUGGAGGCCGACGGUUUCAAGGGCGCUCUGUCGAGGCAUGUCAUCAACGCGAAGAAGGCGUCCAUGAAGCUGCCCCCGGGACAGGCCACCAACAAGCACUUCCUCUACGACAGGAUAUGGACGCGCAAGGUCCUCGCUGGCAUCGGCCUGGACCGCUGCCGCGUUAUGAUCAGCGGUAGCGCACAGCUCGACCCUGACGUCCACGAGUUCCUCCGGGCUGCCUUUGCCAACCAUUUCCAGCAGGGUUUCGGCAUGACCGAGACCUAUGCCACGGGUUUCGUUCAAGAGAUUGGAGACUACACCACCGGGAGCAUUGGAGGCCCCAGCCCCGGUGUCGAGGCCUGUAUCGAGUCGUGCCCGGACCUGGACUACAACGUCACCGACAAGCCGCGCCCGAGGGGUGAGCUGCUUCUUCGGGGCCCGAUCAUCUUCAGGGAGUACUACAAGAACCCCGAGGAGAACCAAAAGGCCAUCGAUGCUGGCGGCUGGUUCCACACCGGCGACAUCGUCGAGGUCGACGAGAUGGGCCGCUUCAAGAUCAUCGACCGCAAGAAGAACGUCCUCAAGCUGUCGCAGGGCGAGUACAUCUCGCCCGAGCGCAUCGAGAACGUGUACAUGGGCAGCUCCAACCUCGUGGCCAUGGCCUACGUCCACGGCGACGGCAAGGAGUCGUCCCUGGUCGGCAUCUUCGGCGUCGACCCGGAGCACUUUGCGCCCUUCGCCAGCAAGAUCCUCGGCAAGCCGAUCGCGCCCGGGGACAGGCAGGCGGUCAAGGCCGCGGGCCAGGACCCCAAGGUCAAGAAGGCGUUCCUGCAGAAGCUGGACGCCAUCGGCAAGGCGCACAAGUUCAACAGCUACGAGCGGGUGCGCGGCGUCUUCCUGGACGUGGAGCCCUUUACGAUUGAGAACGAGCUGAUCACUCCUACACUGAAGCUCAAGCGCCCGCAGACGGCCAGGGCCUUCAGGAAACAGAUCGACGAGAUGUACGCCGAGAUCAACGCCCAGCCUUCGGCCAAGGCGAAGCUGUGA